UAUAAAAUGUUUAAUUUCCAGAGAAGCCAGAUCGCAGGCGGAGCUGAUAUGAAUACGAAUUUGCAUUCGCCGAAUCGCGAUUGUCCGGGCCAACUAAAAGUAAACAAAUAAUAAUACCCCAGCACCAGCACCAACGGCAGAAACAGAAACAGAAACCGGUCUGCCAGUGAGAUAGAGACACAGGCUGAGUCAGAAGCUUCGGAUUCUUGGAGACAAGUGCUGAGAUCGAGGAUUCAGAAUGCCAGGAUUGUGCCUUGGAGUAGUCCUUCUAAUUGGUCUUGGAUACACCAAUUCCUACAAGAUACCGGAGCCCAAGGUGGAGCUUCAAGAAAAUGGUUUCAUCGUUUCCAUUCCAGACGAGGAAGGCGUUAGAGUGGUGGCCUUUAAUGUGAACCGCAAUCGGAAUUUCACAUCUUUCAUCAACGAGGGACAGUAUAACGUGAGGUUAACAGAGCCCCAGAACGGCCGAUGGACUAGCACCUUUAGUUCGGGGCCUCUGAGGGCCCAAGACAUCCUAUAUCUUUGGACGAGUGUGCAGCACGAGAAGGCCGUAUACCAGUCUCUGGUGCAGCCCCUGACUGUCUGCAAUCUAGCUGGAAACUAUCGACCCCGAGGAUGCUCACCCAAUGAUGAGGACUUUUCCGAUGACAACCAACUGAGCACCGAACGGAGUGACUCGGAAUCUUCAGCUCCCACCGUCUGUGAGCCUUCUGAAACGCAGGUCUCACCACAAAUCGGUGUUCCAAUCUGCAAGGGAAAACUUUUGUUUGAAGAGACCUUCGAUCAGCUAAAUGAAUCUCUGUGGAUUCACGAUGUUCGCUUGCCCCUGGAUUCUAAGGAUGCGGAAUUCGUGUUGUAUGAUGGAAAAGCUAAAGUUCAAGAUGGCUCCCUUGUGAUAGAGCCACUUCUUUGGUCCAGCUAUCGGCCGGACUUGUCCAUAGCCAAUUCCAGACUCGAUCUCUCGGAGCGCUGUACGGGAACCCACAACCGACUCAAGGAGUGUGUGCUGCACUCGACGGGCAGUGGACCCAGUGGAAUAAUGCCGCCCAUUGUAACACCUCGUGUCAGCACCAAGGAAACCUUUGCCUUCCAAUACGGACGUAUUGAGAUAAGGGCCAAAGUGCCGAAAGGCGAUUGGAUUGUACCUCUUCUGCUGCUGGAACCCUUGACAGAGUGGUACGGACAAUCGGGCUACGAGUCCGGGCAACUGCGAGUGGCCUUGGCCAGGGGUAACUCCGUGCUCAGGAUGCCCCGUGGAAAGCUGGUGGAUGGUAGGUCGCUGUACGGUGGUCCCGUACUCUCCACGGACUCUCAUCAACGGGAGGAUUUGUGGCUGAGUCAGCGGAGAAAAUCCCAUUUUGGCGAUGACUUUCACACCUACAGCUUGGACUGGAGCAGUAAUAGACUGCUGUUCUCGGUGGAUGGGCAGAUCUAUGGGGAGAUGAUAAACGGAUUUACGGAACUGGAACUGAAUCCCAGAUGGAAGCAAGGCGGUCCCAUGGCCCCAUUCGACAGGAUGUUCUACAUAUCAUUGGGUCUCUCUGUGGGCGGUUUUGGCGACUUUGUGGACAAUCUGCGCACCUCCAGCUAUGAAAAACCUUGGGCCAAUUACCAUCCCCAAGCGAAGCUACAGUUUCAUCAGGCCCAAGAACAGUGGCUGCCAACAUGGAAGCAACCCUCUCUGAAGAUCGAUUACGUUCGGGUCUUCGCAAACUGAUAAUCCAUAGUGUAUUUAUAUAAAUGUGCCUGGCAGAAACUUAUCGCGAAUAAAGCUCUGAGAGAAACUCAGACAUCAUGA